AUGGUGGACCGACAUAAGAACCUGCUGGUUGCAGGUGCGGCUGAGGGAUGGCUCCUAAGUGGCCAGGUGACAACCCUGCCGGGCUCCACACCGCCAACCGGCUCGUGGACUGGGCUGUCCUAUGAUGAUGAUGCUGAUGUGCUGUUUGCCACGACGGCCAGUGCGAUCUGCCGCAUUGAUGUGAUCACCUUGACUACAACUGCUGCCUCGGCGCAUGUGUCUGGCGCCAACGGAGAAGAGCGUACCACCCCAAUGAGCACAGCUGCCGGUGAGCUUAAAGCGAAUGUGAACCUUGUAGCUGGCGACUGGCAGGCGACCGGCAACACGGAUGGUCCCGGAACUAGAGCACGCUUUACCCGCAUCACUGCCAUCCUGGCUGGCGUACAUCGGCAGCUGUACAUACUAGAUUAUGACAAGUUCCGCAUCAUGAGUGCUCGUGGCUACGUCAGCACGGCACUUACCGGGCUCCCAACAGACCAGUGCUCUAUUGCUGCCUUGCCCAGUGGCGAGCUGGCUGUGGGCGCUAAGAGCUCCACCGUGACGGCCACUUGCUGCUGCCGCCGCGUCCACAGCGCCUAG